AAUUAAAGAUGGCGUGCCAUUUUGUUUUUUAGUGGAUUUGUUUGUGGCAAGAUAUUUUCGUGUUUUUCGUGUGUUUAGCCACUUCCACAGAUGGAUGUGGUGGGUGAAAUGGUACCUGAGUACAACCUGGAGAAGCUCUGCAGGCUCUGUCUCAAGGAGGACGAUGACGUACGGUCGAUAUUUGGAGAUGAAAAUGGGAAAACAUUCAAUGAGAUAAUUAUGGAAUGCGCAAAGAUUGAGGUUCAUGAAGAUGACGGUAUGCCCAAUCAGGUUUGUGGUUUGUGUAAGGUACAAGUACAGAGUGCCUAUGCCUUCCGGAAACGCACAGAAGAGAAUGACUUGUCUCUGAGGGCGUACAUGAUUGAGAAGUUUCCUGACAAAUUCAAAGCCACCCUCUUGGACAUUAAGACGGAUCAGGACUUUCAAAAUGUCGAAUUUUCACUGUCUAUUGAGCCAGAUGUGCCCUUUGACGUGGACAUGGAUGCAGGUGUUCAAGAUGGUGAUGAAGUAGUUGAAUAUCUGCAGUGUGAGGAGGAAGACCUCAAGCCGGACAUUGAGGUGACACCUGAGAAGGAGCCACCCAAGGAGAAAAACAGAGAUCAAGUUGAGUGCCAUCUGUGUGAAGAGGAAGUGCAAGAUAUAAAAAUUCUAAAGGAGCACAUUGAAGGCAAUCAUGUUCGACACAAAAUGAAGCAAUGCCGGAUGUGCAGGGCAAAAUUCAGGCUGAAGGCUCAGAUGAAGAAGCAAGUGACUGAACAGGAGGGCGAUGAAGAGGACCAAGAAGAUGAGAAUGCAUGUUCUCAGUGUGAAAAGAAAUUCAAAAACGCUGAUGACUUGAAGACUCAUGUACUGACGCACAAGAAGCAAAAAAGACGAGGCCGGCCUUCUCUGAAGGAUCUCGAGAUCCGGAAUCAACUAUCCAACCUGAAAAAUCUCGAAGAUAAACAAAACAAAAUCUACGAGACGAUACAGGAAUAUUCAGUGGAAGGAAAGGUGGCUCUCUGUCGUAUCUGCGAUGUGACAUUCAAUAAAAUAUCCCUGCUGCGCAAUCAUCUGGACAAACACAAAUGUCUGGAUUCCUUUGAGGACAUCAAUCUCACGACAAAGUGCUAUUUAUUUGAUAAUACAAAAAUCAUGCCGGACAUGGAGACCAAUGAGAGUUUAGUAAAUUACGUGAUGAAUGAAAUUUGCACUGGCAAUUCCACAAGAUUCUAUCAGAUUACCAAUAGCAAUGGUCAUGAAUUCGAAUUAUCAGACUCAGAUACCGCAGAAUCGGACACUGAGGGCAUUAUAGACUUCAACCGGAAGCACUAUCAAUGUUCAGCUUGUCAGCAAGUUUUUGAUCGUCUCUACAAGAUUUUGGCGCACAUGAAACUCGAUCAUAUUGAGUCAGAUUUCACGGCAAAGUGCCUCCAAUGCUCCAAGGUCUUUCCCAAUGACGAUCUCCUGGCCAAGCAUUCGCGGCUGCAGUGCCUGAACAAGGAGAAGAUGUACUUCUGUCGCAUCUGCAAAAUCAAAUUCAUGUGGGAGACAAGUCACGAGAAGCAUCAUCAAAAUGUUCAUGCCAACAGGCAACUGGCCACAAAAGCACGCCGGGAGAGAGGAGUGAAGGAGAAACCCAGAGAGAAAUGCUUUUCCUGUUCGAUCUGCAGCAAAGCCUUCUACAGGCAGGAGCAUCUUGAUCGCCACGUGAAGAUCCACAUGCCGUCAGAGAAGAAAUUUGAGUGCACAGUUUGUCAGAAGAAAUUCAAUCGAAAGGACAAUCUUAGGUCUCAUAUGAGGGUCCACAAAGACAUCAAGGAAGAUACAGAUAAACACUUGUGCGUGUACUGUGGACGAAGUUUCUCCAAUUCGUCAAAUCUCAUCGUUCACAUGAGAAGACAUACAGGCGAAAAGCCCUAUCGAUGCGAUUUGUGUGAUAAGGGUUUCCCAAGGUCUUCGGAUCUUCAAUGUCAUCGCCGGACGCAUACGGGUGAAAAGCCUUGCCUGUGCACAAUUUGUGGAAAAGGAUUUUCGCGAUCUAACAAACUCGUUCGUCACAUGCGAAUUCACACUGGAGUUCGUCCGUACAAGUGUACAUACUGCGAUCGAGCAUUCACCCAAUCCAAUGAUCUGACCCUACACAUCAGGAGGCAUACGGGUGAUAAGCCCUAUGUUUGUGGUAUUUGUGGUGAUCGUUUUAUUCAGGGUACUGCUCUGGCAGCUCAUAGACGGAUGCAGGGACACUAUGAGGAGGUCAAUCAACCCACUCCCUUUUCCAGCAUCAGUGUCAAUAAUCCAAAUCGUUAUACAAAUGCUAAUCGUGUCAAUCGUAUUGGUAUUCCGCCAAAUCCUCAGCAACAGCAACCGCAACAGCAGCAACAGCAACAACCUACAACUCUUAUCAUCUCACCUGCAACUCAGGCCACAACUUUGGCUAAUAUCAAGACAGAGAAAGUGACCAGCAAUCCUAUUGUCAUUCCGGUCAGUAGCCUGACACAAAAUAUCCAAAAUCGAGCCAGUAGUCCCCUAAAUCCUGCUAUAGCAAGGAUACAGGUCAAUUCGGCAGGAUAUGGCACAAAUGGCCAGAUAUUUUCUAGUUUCGAAGUCACUUCGCUACUCUCAAUGCCUCACUAUCAGAUGCAGCAACAAACAUCGCAGCAGCAACCACAGGAUCAACAGGGAUACAACUGAGGGUUGCUUUAAUAAAGAAAAAGUGAAGAGGGCUUCGGUAACAGGUAUUUAUCACCUCAUAUUUUUUUUUAAUUAGGGAUAUUUCUUGAGUGUCACAAAAAAAAUGAAUCUCACAUUUUUGAGAUUUACUGCGCUAAGUAGGCUGAGUAUCAUGAAUGAGACACUCAAAAAAUCCAAAGGGCAGUUGAAGGAUUGCUUCAGAAAAACUUUCCAAGCAGCCUUGUUGUUAAGAGUAUAUUGUCAUUAAAUUUAAGAGACAGUUGUAGAUAUUAAGCCAAUCUUUUGAAAGCUCAAUAACUCAAGAAGAAAAGAUUGUGUUGGUGAAAACACAUUAACAUAGGAUUUUAUCAUAGUAAAAAUUCACUAAAUUUAAUUAUAAAUAGAAGUUGAAAUAUUUGGCGCCGUUCUCUUAUUUCUUUAAAACACAAAGAGGUUAAGCAUCAGGAAUUUCAGGUUAUGUCAAAUAUAACCUCAAAACACAUGAAUUAUAUUUGCAAAUUCCCUUACGGCGUUAUCACACUUGCACAUUUAAAUUUUAAUGUGCUUCACAUUAAUUGUCGCUUGUGAGCGUCCAAAUAUGUUAUUUGUGUCUUUGUGUCAUUUAAUAUUUGGAGUUUUUCUAUUUAUUGAUAAAGAAGUGGACUUGGCCUGCAAAAAUAAGUUUAAAUUUACCUAAAGCAUAAAUAUUUUUCACAUUAAAAAAUUAAAGAGAAAAUCGCAUUAAUUUUUCGCAUUAAUGCUAUAAAUCAAUUUAUAUCAAAUUUUGCGGGCCAAGUCUACCUUUUUAUCAAUAAAUAGAUCAAAUUUUGAAUAUAAAAUGAUUCAAACACACAAAUUACACAUUUUGACUCUCACCAGCGACAAUUAAUGUGAAUCAUAUUAAAAUUUUAAUGUGCAAGUGUGAUAACACAGUUAGAUUUUGCAUCCAAAUGCAUUUUUGAUUUAGGAAUUUAACAUGAAAGAGAAAGUUCUAAGUGAAAAAAAAUAUUCUUAUAGAUUUGACAAUAGGGUAAUUCUUUGACAGAAUAUUCAACACUAAGUUCAAAUUGCUCCUUGACUCUUCUAGAAUGUUACUGUUUAGUGAAAAUUCUUUCAAUAUAAUUUGAAAACUUCAUAAAUACAAGAAAAACACACAAGUGCAAAGUGCUUCUAUUGGAAACAAAUUAAUCGAAAUGGAGACAAGGGAAAUUUUCUAAUUGGAGACAAACUGUGUAAGUGAAACCGCGACGAAAGGCUUCCAAAACCUUGUUGAGUUGCUUUUAAGUGCAGGAUUUGUUCUCAUUCCUGGUCUUUUCUCCUUUCCCAUCUAAAACAAUAAGAAAAUUUCUCCAAAUUAAUCAUAUUUCCGGGCGUUUCCAUUUGGAGUAUAGAAAAAUUUUCAUUUGGAGCAAGUUUUGAAUUAGCUAAAUUUACCCUAUACCUAAUGGUUUAAAUAUAUUAAUUUCUCUGAUUUCUCAACAAAGAAUGCAGAAUCGAUGACUACAUUUAUCUUUAUGAUGUUUAAGCUAGUUGUAAAAUAAAAUUUAAACUCUGUGAUCUCAUAAUUUUCUCUAUAACCUGGAUUUUCAAACUUAAAUUAAUUUUCAAGAAACACAUUUCCAAAACGAAAGGAAUUAAGAAUAUCUCCGGUAUUCGCCAGGAAAAAAAAAGUUGUCAUCGUAAGAAGAAAACACUUUUUUGGUCUCGUUCAUCAUCGCGCACGUUCACAUUGUUGAGACAAGAGAAUUAGGUUCAAUAAGGUAACAUAUUUUUAUUGAAAAAAAGAAAAAAUUGUUUUAUUAUCAUCCGCCUUGGAGCUUCAGAUUUAUGUUCUUAUUAUUGGAAUUUCUUUUUUUACGUUAAAUUCUUUAUACAAAGUUACCAAAUACUGAUUUAUUCAGGUUUGAUGAAACUGAAAUAGUAGUCUUAAAUUAGGGGGAAGCUUCAAUUAUCAAAAAUAAAUCGAUUUUUAUUGCCUGAAUCGAUAGAUAAGCUGUUUAAGAAUGUAUUAUAAAAUAUCAGUAAACCAGAUUCGAUACAUUUUCGAAAAUACAGACACGAAAACGAAGGAGCACCGAGUGGAUUUGCAAGCACACAGGCGGACAUGCAAAACCUUGAAACGUGUUUUCUUCACUUCUUAUUUUUACGAUUUUAAAGAAAUGGCGGGGAGAGAUAAGAUUUUAACAAGAAUCAGUUCUCCAUUUCGAAUUAUCGAUGCAUCGAGGCCACAAUCGGAUUCAUUAUGCUUCUCCGCUUCUACUCUACCUUAUCCCCCGAUACUGGUAGCUGCUUCAUAUCACAGCUUCACUGUAUGCUCCCAGUUGCAGUGAUAAUAAAGAUCACAGCAGCCCAUCUCGAUGCGUGUGUUUGGAUCAGUGUAACAGUGAAUAUUUAAUCGACUGAAGUAUAUAGGGCUGUAGGGGAAAGUGCACAUGCUUUCUAUGAUCCAAAGAUAAUAGAUACCCCUGAAAACUAAGCACUUCCCCCUAGUUUUUAAAAUAUGUGUGCGAUGAAUCACAUUUAUUGAGAAACGUAUAAAAAAUUUAGUCAAGCUUGGGAUCGUACGAAACAUAGGCAUUUCCUAUACCAUUUACAUGUCUUCAAAGGAUUUUUUUUUUAAUUUUUUUUUAUUCGUCUAUUAUUUUUCUGCGGUUCACUUUUAUUGCUAAUUUGCACACUAUGUAUUUUGCUACUGCUGCUUAGCUUUGAAUCUGAACGAGACCUCAUAGUCAUAGACAUACUAGUCUAUCUACUGAUCCAUUUGACGUGAUCGACGUGAUCAUCCAAAAUGCGAUUACAAUUUUAUCGAAAAAACAACUUAUGAACCGAUUAAAAUGAAUUAAGGCCAGUUGAAUCUUGAAUCUUCUAGUUGAAUCAUGAUAAAAACUUUUAAAAGUAUUUUUUAGAGCAUGUAAGUUUAUGCCAAAAAAAACAAGAAUUUCCGAUUUGACGAUUUUGUUUUUUUUUAUUUCCUUUGUAAAAUUGUGAAUUCUACUCUUAGUCCACCACUUUAAUCUUUACUUUUUUUCUGAGGCCCGUUGCAUAUAACAAUUUUUACAAUUAAAAUAACUGUACCAAAAUUCGGCAUAGUUGCAUGCAAGCACUAAAGUCUUAAGUUUGAAAUGUAAUAUUUUUAAAGAAAAUUAAUUUUUUUAGUUACUUCUUUUUUAAGGAGUGUUGCUUGGAACUUUCUAGAAUCUUAAUAUAUUUUAAAAAUAAAUAAAAAUAUAAACAUAACAUUGGGUAAUAAUAUUUCGGCUACCUUGAUUCUCAUAGUUCCUUGCCCUUCCGGAAUUCUUACAAAGUCUCUUUCAAUUCAUCUUAUUCGUCGAACUAAAUUGACUAAAUUUCGAAAAAUAUUUAAAAUUCAUCAAUAAGAAUAAAUCCACUCAUUUUUAAAGGGUUAUGCGAAAAUGUGAGGUUAUGCCAGUCAACCUAAAAAUAUCAAUAGAAGCAUUAUUUGAAAUAAGAAAUAAAAAAUUCCACACAAUUGUAUAUUCAUAGAGCACCCACAGCUGGAGUUUUCCCUAGGGAAAAGACGAGACUUGUAAUCCCUGACAACUUUUUACUGUGAUAACUGUAAAUAGUUGCCUUUUAACCUCGAGAUACUUUCGAAGAAUCACACUAUCUGCGAAUACAGUAGUCUCUCUCUUAAUUGGGCAUUUGGGGCAAAAUAUCAUCGGUUUAUCGAUAGAUUUGGCCGUCAAAGCCUUUGUAAAUUCCACAAAAAGCCCUCAAUUAUAAAGAAUCACCAUAAAAUAGGAAGAACUACAGCGAAUUUGAGCGAAUUGGCUUCAUAAUCAAAUGUGAAAAUUGUCAACAAAAAUUUUUCGCCCGAUUGAAAAAGAGCCGAUUGAGUGAGAGUCUACUGUACCUCGUUUACAAAGUUUAAUUAAAAUUGUGUUUAAACAUUUUAUAAAAAUUGAAUACUUCACCAAUCACUUCUUAUUUAAUAUUAUAAAUUUUGCAUCGUCGGUGAUUGAUUUUUUUUCUACAACAAUUAAAGGUUAUGUUUUCUUCUAGUUGUUUUUUUCUUGAGGUUAUGCCAAACAUAACCUAAAAAUAAUUUCUUCGUUGGUUAUAAGAGAGGACAGCACUAUGUCAACAUAGAAAUCCUAUGUUAAUGUGUCACAGAACAACAGUAAAGAAAAAAAACUCCAAAUUGAAUGUAUCAUAGAAAUUGUGUAUAAUAUUGAAAUAAAAGAGCAUCACAAAUCUAUUUUAGAAAGAAAAGAAAA